AUGGGGGAGCUGCCGAGCCUGUGCGUGCUGGCUGCACUGCUGGGCCCAGGGGGCGCCAUCUCCUGCUAUAACUGCACCAGCUCGGAGGGCUACAACUGCACCACGGACCAGGCCACCUGCCCGGGCACCGUCAACAGCUGCAUCACCAUCGCCUGCAUCGAGGAGCAGGGGGAGGAGGACAAGGAGAAGACCGUGUACGAGAAGAAAUGCAACUCGGACGACCGGCUCUGCAACCAGUUCUACGGGCUGACAGCCGGCGCUUACCGUCUGCGCUGGAACGCAACGUGCUGCCGGGCGGACCGCUGCAACCUGCCUGAGAUCACCCUGCAGCCCAGCUCUGGGGGGCCCAACGGGCUGCAGUGCCCCUCGUGCUUUGCCCGCGGCUCGGACGUCUGCGUGCCCAGGGAGGUGCUGAACUGCACAGGCCUGCAGACCCAGUGCAUCCAAUUCGCCGCCACCGCCGGCCCAGGGUUUGAGGGUCUCCGGGUGGCCUUCAUGGGCUGUGCCACCCGCAGCCUGUGCGACGUGGGCGCCGUGGCCCUGUUCGCCCCCCAGCGCCAGGCCGUGCUCAAGACCAACACGUGCAGUGCGGGUGGGGCAGCCCGGGGGGGGCUGCCCCUCCUCGGCCUCGGGGGGCUGCUCCUCUGGGCGCUGCGCCCCUGAUCUCAUCGUCCCCCCUCUGCAGUGUCCCCCUUUGGCGGGGAGCCCCCCCCCGAUUGACCUCCCCCCCCGCAUAGGUCUGGGAAGUAGUCCCUUCCCUGGCUGUUGCUCCCAGUCAUCCUCCCCCCAGCCUGGCACUGCCCACAUCACACCCCCAAAGCUGGGCGCUGCCUCCUUAAAUGCCACCUGUGGAUGGAGCCAUGCCCCUCCUCACCCGCCCCAGCGCUCCCCCCCCCCCGUCAUCCCUCCCCCGACACGGUACUUCCCACGGCCCAAUUCCGU